AUGAAUUCGUACCUUUUAGGUUUCCAUUCUUUGGAAAAACGUUAUUGGGUUUCUUUCAUUGUGGUUUCUGUCACGGUUCUACUAGGCAUAGUCAUUCGGAAGAAGACCCAAAAGACUGAAGAAACUAUCGUCGUCAAGUACCAAGAUGAGCGGCUAAGGUUUGUUUUUCGACAACCAAGACUCUCCAAGGUUUCUUACUUAAAUCUUCUUCAGCGGGUUUGCAAAGCCUUUGGGGUUGUUCCUGAAAAGGUAUAUUUGGAGUUUGAUGGAAAAGAGCUUCAAGAUGUCUCUCUUGCCCAACAAUAUAUAAGAGAUGGAUCUGUAUUACAUUUAAAGCCACAUCCUCUUAGUCCUGCCUCACAGCAAAUUGAAGCGUAUAAAGCAGACCUGCAAAAGAACGUUCUUCCCCUUGUGCAGCAAUUUUGCUCCUCUCCUCCCUCUGAUGCGCAAGCGGUUCAAGACGAACAUGUUCGUCUUACAGAGACUUUGCUUGGCAGAAUGAUUCGCCUUGAUGCUAUUGAUGUUCAGGACGAGCCUGAUACACGUUUAAAGCGAAAAGAAACUGUCCGAUGGACACAAGGGUUUUUCCAGGAACUAGAUAUAACGAAAUCUAACUCUCUAAAAGGGUUGAAAUAA